UAAUUGUGUAGAUCUUCUCUGAUCUUCUGUAUCGCCAUCUAUUGAUGCCUAUAAUCUUUUGUUGUAAAAAAAGGCAUCAAAAAUAUUAGCACGUAGGCUAUUGAUCAUGACCUCAAAGAAAGUCAUCAAAAACUCAAAAUUUGCAAAUGAUAAACGAAUGUCAAAAAAUAUCCAAAAAUUGACACAAAAUCUUGUGUUCCUGUUCCAAUGAUUGAUCACAUCUUUUCAUAUAAAUUCGAAUGGGGAUUCCAUGAAAAUUAUCAGUCUGCUGUCUGCUCCUUUCAUCCAAACAAAGGAAGUAAUAAAAUCCAUAAAUGAAGUUGUUCAUUGUGUUGACUUGCAUCUUAGCACUUACUGUUGCUGACAAGGGCAAAAAACCAAAAGAUGGAAAGAACUCAAAAAAUUCAAUCUGUUCGAAGAAAUUGCCAGUAAAGCCUGAAGACUGCUGCACAGGCAUACCAAGUUUCAAGCAAUACUUUCCAGGAUGUGCCGCACAAUGCAAUGUUAAAUUACCAGCUGCUAAUUCUUCGGCGCCAGCAUCAGGAAAACAAGGUAAAGGCGAGAAAGGAGGUAAAAAUUCUGGAAUGGAACAAAUGUUCACUUGCGUCAUGCCAUGUGUCUUAAAGGCUGCAAAUGUUUUGGGACCUGAUGGAAAUAUCACAAGAGCUUUACUUAAUGCUGCAUUAUUGAAAGGAACUUCAGCUGAUUGGACUCAAAUUGUUCCAAAUGUUACAUCUGUCUGUAUUGCUAAUGCUACUGCAAUGAUGAACGCCAAUAAAACAGUUGACAAGUCAUCCGAAGAAAAGGACUCUAACAAAACACAUCAAGGACCUUGCUUUAAUGACAUGGUCAUGAAAUGUGUCUUCAAAAAUUUGUACCUUUCAUGUCCAUCCAAAAUUUUAUCAACAAACAGCACAUGCACAGACUUAACAGCUCAAAUGACACAAUGUCCAUGUGAACAUGGUAAGAAAGGCAAGCAUGGAGGAAGUGAUGAACAAGGUGAAGAUAGUGACGAAAAGGGAGGCAAAAAAGGAGGAAAGGGAGCUGAGAAGAAGAGCAAGAAAGAACAAGAAAAGGGAAAGGGAAAUAAAAAUGAAAAGAAUGGAAAGAAAGACAAUAAAGGUAAAGGGAAAUCUACACAGGCUCCUACACAAGCUCCAUCUACUGCUCAAGCAAUGGGAAAGUAAAUUCAACUUAAUCACGAUGAUGAUUUUUUAAAAAAUUAAACAAUAAAUUUAUAUGCAG